AUGACCGGCUGGAGAAUGCGGCCGACCGCAUCGGCGCUCGGCGUCGUCGCCAUUGUCUCCAUCAUGAUCACUGCCAUGCCGUCUGAAGCGGACAGCGGCGCCAUCGAGCCCAGCAUCAAUCAUUUCGGAGUGGACGAGGAGGACCAUCGUAUCCAGGAGGACGAAAGGAUCGCGAACCAGACCGUCGCCAGCGAUCUAACCGCGGUCGUGUUUCGAGUGCAUGUCAACGAUACUAACAACGAAACUCCAGUAACCAAAACUAUCCACAGCUUUCUCACCGAUCACGAGAACCUCGUGAACGUAUCGCGAAUGGACGAAGUUAGCGUCGCGGAAUUGCAAAGGGAUCAAAGUAACCUGUUAUCCGUCACGGUGUCACAGAACGAUGUUCACGAGCCACAACACAAUCCAUUGGGAUCAGACGCAAAGUCGGCAGAGCGCAACAGUUCUGAAAACAAAGUGGAACACGCGAACAAUGAUUUCGUCUCGUCGACUCGGCCGAAUCGAGGAGAAAUCGCGUCAAGUAUCGUUCCUUUGGAGAUCCGGUCACCUGGUUCCAAGAAUGACGACUACUUGCACGGCGUCCAGGUAGACGAUGAGGAUCUGUCGAACGUGGUAGAGCACGAGGACGAGUUAAUAGAUGGUUCCAACGUGGACAAAUCUCGCAGAGAAAACUCGAUUAGGUUUACAACCGUGUCAAUCCGUGAGACCAUCGUCACGGAGGUGAAAUCGAUCGAGCAGAAGAACGUCGAUGACAUCAGAGCGAUCUCGUUCCAAGUACCUGCAAUUGACAAAGAAGCAGAAGACGCGGACAAGCGACAACAGGAUAACGAACACCCAAGAAACGUCAUGGAAUCAAGGAAGGAUCAAUCCAGGCCGAUGAACAACCUGCUGUUGGCGGGUGGUAAGUCGACGAAGGCGUUUUACGAGAUCAAACCGUCGAUCAAAACCGAGAUGGAGCCCGAUCAGCUUAACCCUAGCGGCACUCAGCGACCCUUGCCCGGUAGGAAGUUCGUGCUACCAAGCGUCGACAGCGCCUUUGGCAAGUUCGGGCCUUACUUCGAAGACGGCGAUCAGGAGAUAAACAUCACUGCCAGAAUAGGCAGCACUAUGCUGCUCGACUGCAAAAUCGGCAUGCUUGGUAACAAGGAGGUGACGUGGGUGCAGCAGCCAAGCAAGGACUCGUUUCGACUACUCACGGUCGGUAGGAUCCUGUACAGUGCGGAUCAGCGGAUCAGCCUCAACUUCCGAUACCCGAGCAAUUGGAGAUUACAAAUCCAGUACGCAACUACGCGGGAUUCCGGCUUAUACAAGUGUCAAGUUGCAACGCAUCCGCCGCUGGUUAAAACGAUUAACGUCGUCGUCACGGCACCGGAAUUGACAAUAACCGACGAUUCCGGCCGAGUGGUGUCCAAGGAGAGGCACCUGAAGGCGGGAAGCGUUCUCAAACUCAGAUGCGAGGCCAGAGAUGUUAUCGAGUCUCUGAAGGAGUCUGUCAUUUGGACCAGGGGAGAUGAAACACUUACCGAAGACGUUAGUGAAAACAGGACGACGGAAAUCUUAGCUGGGAAGGAGGUCCUUGUGAUAGUUAGCACGCUGAUCGUGGAGAGGGCCAGUCCAAGGCAUGCCGGAAAUUACAGCUGCGUUGUACCCGGGAAGGCCAAGACAACCGUUGCAGUACAUGUGCUUAACGGGGAGUUACCAGCCGCGGUGCACGACGGUAACGGAGUCUCCAGGGCGUUUCUCAACCUGUGGCUAAUUCACUUAACGAUGAGUUACGUUUUUUCCAGAUGACAAUACUAAGGUUAUCGCAACUGCGCCAAGACAACCACCGGCGGUCAGACAUGAAUUUCACGGCUGGAAGCAACAACAUAAUAUCGCGUGUCGUUGGUGAGAUUAAUUAAUCACGGACUAAGCACCGGUCACGAUAAUCGAUUCUCAGGAUCAACGAUAGAUCGUCGAUCUGCCUGAUCGAUCUGAUCUUUACGAACACCGGUGAAACAAAAAAACAUCGUUUUUACCUUUAAUAAUAGAAUUUCCUUUUUCGGUCGAUCGAUUUGAUCAGUAGCUCAUCCUCGAAAAAAUCGGCGAUCGUUUCGACGAUAAUUAUUCGCGAGUUAACUUAAAAUCGUGUAAAAAAAAAAGGAUUAAAAUCGUUUUCUUUCGCUGGAGAAAUAUCGCCGUUAUAAAGUGGGCCAUUAUUGUACAGAUCUAAUUUAGAUGGACGCUCUAGACAGUGCGUAAAAAGUCUUUAAGAUUAUUUGUAGUUCGUUGUCCCGAUGACGAGGAACAUCGGAUGUAGGAGAAUAAUGAACGACGGAACAUAUGGAAUGUUGAAAUCAAUGGAGAAAAGUUGGUGCUGUUUGGAAUGUUGCGUCGAUAGUGGUUAUCAAAGAUUUAUCGCUCGUUACUGAAAGGAUAGCUGAAGCGUAUUGAAUCGAGAACGAUGUUGAUUGAAAAAACGAGUAUUACGGUUAGAUGCAUUGCACGCUGAAUUCCUUAGAAUUCCGAUUAUAUUUCCUUCAUAUUGAUCGUACUGUAUAUAUUGAUACUUAUCAAUAUAUAUAUGUCGGGUUAACAUUAGAAUUUAGGGCGCGUACCAAUUCUUCGUUUGGAUUAGCCAUCGGUUUACAAAGCAGAGAUUAUAUUUACACGUCUAUACAAGUUUAACGAAUAAUAUGUUUUACGAAUAUUUUUUUUAUUGAACGCGUUUUAUUGAACGCUAUUAACGAUAUCCUUGGGUUCAAGCGAAUCCACGGUCAACGGGAUAACUCUUUACUAUGCGUACAAUAAUUUUAGGCACAAAAUACGAUUGCUGAGACGCUCGGUAUAAACUGCUCGAUGUGUCAUCCUCCAAGGCGAUCGCACGAAGCAUAAACUGAUGGAAAUUUUCCUCGCUGUACGAUUGCAUUUUUUUUUGUUAUAUACUCGUUGGAAGCAACGAAAGAGCUCCAAACGCCGUUGCUAGGCAGUUUCUGUCUGAAGUUUGACUAUUAAUACAAUGUAUGUCCCGUUAUAUCGACACGUCCAAGGUACAAUCCCAUGUGGCCAGGCCCGUUCUUGAGGCCGUAUGCCGCCACAACCACACUACAGACAUCCAAUUCAGCAAGAAUACAACUAUCUGGCAUUUUCCUCGAUCUGUCGUGAAUGUAUUUAUAUGCUCGUUUACCAUCUAAUGUUUUUAAGAUAUAUACCUAUCUCCUUCCAAAAUCUCUGCUAUUGCGAAAGGAGCUCUAAAUUUCGGAUCUAAUUUAGUUUGAUUUCUUUCCUCAUUUUUGCGUAAUACGAAAUCACCGAGGUUAAACCUAACCACUUUAGCUUCAGUUUUAUGGAACCCAUCUUUAUCAUACUUAGAAUUAGUUUCUAUUUCUUUUAUUGCCCGUCGUCUCACAUUGGAGAUAUCUACUUCUUUUUCUUCGAUGUCAUCGGGUAGCAAUAAGUCGUAUGGUCUCGCCAUUCUGCCGAUUAGUAGUGUUCCAAUGGG